GUGGUGUGCCACCUAUAAUAGCACUCGGCCUCUCUAUCGAUAGCUUGGGCGCUGCGUUUGCACCCAUCUACCUGGCUGAUUGCAUCAGUGCCAGCCGCUUGUGCACGCAUCAUCAUCAGCACUGUAGCUUGCCAGCACUGAAGGCUCAGAGGCUCACCAGCAGAGGCAGAGAGGAUCACGCUGUAUCUAAACGUGCAACAGCGUCGUUACAAUCCAAGUGAUUGAACGCCCGAAGCCAUGGAAGCGCUAAACGAGGCCCUUUUAGAACCCACGAACGGCGCCAGAGACGACGACGGCGCGGCCCCGCUGCGCCUCGAGUGGGCAGGCGUGGGAGUGGUGGCGGGUCGUAAGCGCCGUAUCAUUUUGAGCGAGGCGGGCGGCGUCGCGAAAGCGGGCCGCACGCUCGCGCUGCUGGGUCCCUCGGGCGCCGGCAAGACGACAUUAUUGCGCUGCCUGGCCGGCCGUGCCGAGCCGGACGCCGGCAGCGUCCGCUUGGUGGUCUCAGGCGGGUCGACGCGCGCCGCCCGCGCCGUUUUCGUCGAGCAGGAGGACGUCUUCUGCCCGGAGCUGACGGCGCGGGAGCACCUGCGCUUCCGCGCGGGCCUCGCGCUCUGGCGCCGAGACCGGACCCGCGCAGCAAACGCCAAGGCGGCCGAUAGUCGCGCGGCGGAGCUAUUAGAGACAUUCGGCCUCGAGACGGUCGCCGACCACCCGCGCGUCGGCGCCUGUGUGGAAAUCAACCAGUGUGUCGGGUGCAAAUUUCUCGGUGAUGACGCGGCCGUGCUGGCUCCGUCGAGCGGUGAGCAACCGGCAUCGCCACGCCAUCGAGCAGGCCCCGCAUCGAUGGCGUGGAGGUCGACACGACGAUUCAGCACGAACGCGCCGUAAAGUUUGAUUUCCACACAGGUCGGCGCGCCCGCGGACGCCCGGGCGCUCGGCGGCGCGCGGGGCCUCUCGGGUGGGGAGCGCAAGCGUCUCGCCGUGGCGCUGGAGGUCGUGGGCUCACCAAAAGUCGUCUUCGCUGACGAGCCGACGAGCGGGCUGGACAGCCAGCUCGCGGCGUCUGUGGUAAGGACGCUGGCCAAGCUGGCCAAAGGCGGCGCGAUCGUCGUCUUCUCGAUCCAUCAGCCGUCGCAGCGGUGCUUCGACCUCUGCGACGACCUGGUCGUCCUGGCGCAUGGCAAGACACUGUAUAAGGGUGCCGCGGCUAACGCCGUCGGGCAGCUCGCGCCGCCGCCGGAGAUAGCUGCGUUGCCGCCCGCGGAGGCGAUCCUCGAGGUCGCGGCGCGCGACGUGCCCACGGCGGCUCCACCGCUCGUCAAGGCGCCGCGACGCUUCGCGACGGCCCGCGCGCCCGCGCCGAGCGCACCGUUCUACGCUCGCGCGCUGGCCCUCGCGCACCGCGGCGUCGUGACCCAGUUAAGGCGGUGGCCUUUGAUAGUGGCCCAGUUCGCGACGUGUGCCGUCUUCGCCUCGCUCAUCGGCAUGCUCUACGAGGGCGACGGCAGGCCGCGCAUCGACCAGAAGGGCGUGGAGAACGUCAACGGUUACUUGUUUAUGUUGUGUACCGGGACGCUCUUCUCGUCGCUCUUCCCGCCGUUGCAACUGUUCUUCCGCGGCUUGGCGAUGGCGCGCCGCGAGGCUGCCUCGGGCGCCUACGGCCUGCCGCUCUCGGUGCUCGCCAUGCAGCUCGCGGAUGUCGUGCUGCAGCAGGCCCUCCCGUGCGUCUUCGUAAGCGUCACGUACCGGCUCAUCGACCCGCGGCACGGUCUCGAACAGCGGCUCGGCGCGUUCCUGCUCGUGGCCCAGGCCGUCGCGUUCGCCGGCGCGUCGCUCGGCUAUUUGAUCGCUUGUUUGUCCCCCGACUCCGAGUGUCGGCGGCCGGCGUCCUCGUCCUUCGACGAUGGGUCGCGUCGAUGGCGUGAGGACCCGUCGCUCACCGCCCGCUUUUCCCACGCAGUCGCGACCGUUGUGGCGCCGCUGUUUGUCUUCCCGAUGAUCCUCUUGGGCGGGCUCUACGCGAACGUUGGCGCGAUUCCAGUGGGGGCGCGCUGGAUCAACAAGGUGUGUCUCCGAGCCCGCGACUUCGAAGUGCCUUCGGCUCGAUCUACCAUACGCCAUCGACGCGACCCGCUCGCCGCACAGGUCAACCCGAUCAACUACGGCUUCCAGGCCGUGAGCCAGAGUCAGUGGAGGGAUUACGGUGACAUAGAUGGCUUCCCCCCCGUCUUCGCGACGGGAAAAGACGUGCUGGCUUUCUUCUCGCUGGCGCAGCGGUCCUUCGAGGCGAACCUGUAUCGGUUGUUAGCGGUGGGGCUCUGUCUGCGCGCCGCCGUCUUCGUGGCCGUCGCUCUCACGGCCGGCCGGCGCGGCCUGCUGGAGGUCGUCACGGAAGCUCAAGCGACGGAGAACCCCCUUGUUAGUUAA